AUGGAGCUCGUCGAAUACGAAUUAAAUACCGUGACGUAUGGCGUAAAUUGUGCACCGUUUCUCGCGCUACGGGUCUUGCAAGAGGUCGCUGAUGUCGACUGCCGCGGUUCCGCCCGUGUGUGCGACGCGUUGCGUCACCAGACGUAUGUAGACGACAUUUGUUACAGCGCCGACACUGUGGACGACGCGCUCAGUAUUCAAGUAGAGUUAACGGCUGUCCUUAACAGCGCGGGUUUUGAACUGCGAAAAUGGGCGAGCAAUACCGUAGCGGUCGUGCAUGCUGUCCCGGAAGAAUUCCGGGUGAUUAAAUCUACAACGUUUGCCGGUGACACGAAGGUACUUGGAUUGUCUUGGCAUACCGGUGGCGAUUAUUUCGGAUGCGAAGCUCACCUCGACUCAGCACCGGUAUUUACCAAACGUGUUAUAUUGUCACUUACCGCACGGUUCUUCGAUCCGUUAGGUUUAUUCGCGCCGACACUUUUCCUCGCCAAGCACAUUAUGCAACGCACCUGGCAGUCCAAUUGUACGUGGGAUCAGCGGUUGCCUACCGAGAUUCACUCAGAUUGGUCGCGGUUUGUGAACGAAUUGCCCGCGCUAGCCUCCGUGCAUGUUCCGCGUUAUUUCAAUACAACCGCUAGAGCUCCGUGUUCGUUGUAUGGAGUUUACAACGCGUCGCAACGCGGCUAUGCAGCGGUAGUGUUUUUGCGCAUCAACGAUGCUCCUCCCGCGACGUCGGUCUUGUUGAUCGGUUCCAAGACCAAGUUAGCGCCGCUUAAACCGUUAUCGAUUCCUAGGCUCGAGCUGAAUGCCGCAGUGUUAUUGUCGCGCUGGAUUCCUCGGUCGUGCUCGGCAUCAUCAUAA